AUUGUAUAUAGACAGUGAAUAAAGUAGUGAUUACUUAAUAAAUCACCAAAUAAACACAUCCACGGGUCUGGAAGUUCCGUGGCUGUGUUUGGAAAAUCGAUUUAUGGUCAGGAAGUGUCGCGAAGAGAAGCGGGAAGUUCCGAGAACUUGUAGAAAGAUUUAUUCGCGGAGUAUCGGCGACGGCGGUGACUUGUCUGUCACUGGAGGGUGGAAGCAGGAUACUACGUUAUCUCACCGCAGCUCGGCCUGAUGAAGAAAAAAGUACCGGACUUGAUACUGCCAGUAAUCUCACCCGGUCAGUACGACCAUGAGACAUGUAUUUGUGUACAUAAAUGCCAGGUUGACAGUACCGGUACCUCGCCUGGCCAAGAGGUGUCUCGGCACACAGGACACUAGAAUCCGGGGUUUGUUGUAUAAUGGUGAGGAGCGAGGGCAGGUCGCGUGAGAACGGCAGUGUAGCUUUGUUUACCGUGCCAGCCACAGGUUCUGAGUGUCUCGUCUCUUAACCCACCAUAUUAUCUCUCCUGUGUUGUGAAAAUGCACGGCAGAUUUGUGGAUCACCUGGUGAACGAGUGGGCGGCGCACACCUCCCUCGCUGCCCCGAGCAGGCUGCCGCAGUGCGACUUGAAGCACCACCUGUGGGAUUCACCGCUGCUACAAGUGUGCGAGGCGGGGCGACCACCUGUGAUGGAGGCGGAGGACGAGGAUCACUCUAAGUUGAACAAGAUCUUCAUGUUGUACGUGGUGCUCACCUUCCUGGUCAUGCUCGCCAUCAAGUACCUCUCCGAGCACAACCUUGUCCUCUUCUUCAUCACUGUGCCCCGAGUAGAGCAAAAACGUCUACAGGUAAUCCCGGUUGAUGAGCAUGGGGGCAGCGUACAGCCAGGCAAUGAUAUAUCUCUGGGAAAAACUCGUUACUGGACACAUUAG